AUGUCUCCCGAGUAUGCGUCAGACGGUCUAUUCUCGAUGAAGUCAGAUGUAUUUAGCUUUGGAAUUAUUGUACUCGAGAUAAUUAGUGGAAAGAGAAAUACGGGAUUCUAUCAGUCCACAGAAGCACUGAAUCUUUUAGGUUAUGCAUGGAGAUUGUGGAGUGAAAACAAGGCACUAGAUUUACUGGACCCUAUGAUGCUUGAAUUUUGCGAGAAAUCUGAAGUUGUGAAGUGCAUAAAUGUUGGGCUGUUGUGUGUGGAAGAAGAUCCCAUUGAUCGCCCUACCAUGUCAAAUGUAGUUUUGAUGCUUAGUGGCGAGACGACAGUUCUUCCAGUCCCUAAACAACCAGCUUUUCUAAUGAGAAAAUGUGUUUUUAGAACAUCGUCCUCGACCUCUAAUAAACCAGAUUCAAUCUCCAAUGAGUUGACGUUGUCUGUGCCACAAGGGCAAUGA